AUGGUAGUGUACUAUAACAACAGAUCUCCCUACAACCUCCACAGCUACAACUACAGAGGUUCCAACUACAACAACUGUUCCACCUACAACCACCACAGUUACAACUACACUUCCACCUACAACCACCACAGCUACAACUACAGUUGUUCCAACUACAACCUCCACAGCUCCAAAUACAACCAUCACAGCUACAACAACAGUUCUCCCUACAACCUCCACAGCUACAACUACAAUGGCUCCAACUACAACAGUUCCACCUACAACCACCAUGGCUACAACUACAGUUCCACCUACAACCACCACAGCUAUAACAACAGUGGCUCCAACUACAACAACAGUUCCAAAUACAACCACCACAGCUUCAACUACAGUUCCACCUACAAGCACCACAGCUCCAACUGCUCCAACUACAGUGGCUCCAACUACAACAACAGUUCCACCUACAACCUCCACAGCUCCAACUACAGUGGCUCCAACUACAACAACAGCUCCAAAUACAACCAUCACACCUACAACAACAGUUCUCCCUUCAACCUUUCCAAGCAUAACUACAAUGGUUCCAACGACAACAACCGUUCCACCUACAACCUCCACAGCUACAACUACAGAGGCUCCAACUACAACAACAGCUCCAAAUACAACCUCCACAGCUACAACUACAAUGUUUUCAACUACAGUCCCAACUACAAUCAUCACAAAAACAACAGAAAUACCUCCAACUCCAACGACAACAACAUUUCUACCUACAACAACCAUCACUACAACUACAAUAGGUCCAAUAACAACAACAGUUCCAACUACAACUAUAACAAUGACUACAACACCAUCUCCAGCUUCAACAACGUUUUCAACUGCAACCACAACAUUCCCUUUAACAACAGCACAGAAAGCAACCACAGUUACUAUUCCAGUGGUGACGCCUGCCUCUGUAAGGAUGGAGUUGACUCUUCUUGCUUUUUCAAACAUUGAUGCAGAAGCAGAAAGGCUUAUUUUAAAUGGGAUUAAGAGCAUCAUUGGAGACCACCUGCAAAACAACGUUUCACUGUCCUUGAAAGGAAUUAGACGGAAGCUUUCCCUGUCUUAAUGGCC